ACACUAGCGCUAGCAAUGGUAUUCACUUCAUACUGUGGAUCAAAUUCGUUAGUAGCUGAACAUCCAUUCUAGCGACAAGACGUUUAUAUUUCAGUGAUUUUAAAGUGUGUGUUUUUAUUUUCAAAAAAUAAUUUUAAUCAUGGCUGGUUCUUUCGCCAACAACGCUGCGCUGUACAAAAAUAAGACGUUCACUUAUUUGCCUCCAGCACCGCCCGCGGAUCUCAUCGACUGCAGUAAUUUUAUACUUGACUUCACCGGCCGUAAGUUUUUGAAUGUAGGACUUGAUCUUGCAGAUGAAUUUAACACCAUAGUACAAGUCAUCACUCCUUCGAGAUAUGUAAAUAUGCCACCUGAUUUUUUAAGACGUAUAUUCUCACUUAUGGGGAACAUUCUAUCUUUUAUACUCGACCUACCUCAAAAAUACAAGCGAAAUUUAUUUCUGGAAACAGAAAUUAUUUCACUAUCUAGUAAGCUGUAUAAAGGGGAAAAUAUGCUUGUCAUCGAAUCAAAAACACAAGAUGGAUGUCGAGUAUUGCUAAAUCGUGCAGAUUUAAUGAAAUUGCAAUAUUUAGAAUGGUGUAUAUUUGAAACAGUCGUUCGAAAGUCAACCAUCAUACGUCCAGUUGUCAUAAAACAAUUCGAUAUGUUUUUGAACUAUAUUGAUAUUGAAUCCGCCAAAGUUGAUUCACCACCAAAAACACCUGAAGAAAUGGUCACAUUUAUCAAAAAUAUAAGCGACGAAAGUGUAUUUUCAAAAAUUCCAAAAAAUGAUGUCAAUUUCAUCAGUCAACUCAAAAUGCAUGCUUCUUCACAAUUAGCUGAACGUUGGGCGCAACGAUUGAGCGGAAAAAUGUCUCCAGAGUUAUUCACUGAAUCCGAAGUGAGGUUUAUUUCGCCGCCUCAAUACUCGAGUAUAUCCCCAAUGCUAUCUAUUGAAGAAGAUGACUAUUCAGUGUCACGAGUAAUUACGAUUUAUAAAUUUAAAUAAUUUAAGUAUUAAUAAUUUUAAUUUUAUA